AUGAAGAAGGCGGAGGCAGCGGGGACGAAUGUCAGUUCUCAGACUCAAACGUUGCGUGCAGGGCGGGCUACCGAAAGAGCGGCAGCACUUCAGGCGAUUUCCUCAGAUCCAAAGUACAAGAAGUACAGCCAACAGGUCGAGAAAUGUCUAAAUUCGUUUGAUAAUGUACACGAAUGGGCGGAUUGUAUCGCGUUUCUGAAGCAGUUAUUGAAGUCAUUUCAGUCCUAUAUGCAAUUCAAGGAGAUUCCUCACAAGCUUAUCGUUGCCAAGCGAUUAUCUCAGUGUUUGAAUCCUGCAUUGCCUACAGGAGUUCACCAGAGAGCUUUGGAUGUGUAUACACAUAUUCUUGCAGUCCUUGGGACAGAAGGAUUAAAGCGCGACUUACCACUUUGGUCGUCGGGGCUUUUUCCGUUCUUUGAGUAUGCUGCAACAUCAGUCAAGCCCACACUUCUCAAUAUCUACGAUACUCACUACUUGCCUUUGCAAGGUGGUCUACGGCCCGUGAUGAAAGCAUUUAUUCUUGCCCUUCUUCCAGGUCUUGAGGAGGAGACAGGAGAAUUCUUUGACAAGGUCCUAAGUCUGCUGGAUCGAUUAUCCGGAACUGUGUCGCCUGCUUUCUUUUUCCAGAACAUAUGGCUAGUUAUGUCAACCAUGCCUUCAGCUCGUGGUACAGCUCUCAAUUUCCUCUCCAGAAGGUUGCCUCGUUUAAGCUCUGACGAAGAUAUCACGCAUAUUAUUGGCCGUGAUAUUGGACUCAUGAUCAGAGCAUUUGCAGCGGCUCUCGAAGAUGACAAUCUACUCGUACGGCGAGGAGCUCUUGAUAUACUUUUACAGUCGAUGCGUAUUGAUAGUGCAGCUAUAAAACAAGCACAGUCAGAGGAUUGUGUGAUUCUAAUGCGGGCUGCUACUGGAGUCGUCCUUCGACGUGAUCUGUCUCUGAACCGUCGGUUAUACACUUGGCUACUAGGUCCAGACGAGAAAAGUGCAACCCAGAUUGCGUACCUACGAGAACAUUCUCUUCAUCUUCUAAAAUCUACAUUAAGGGAAGAAAUGUUCACACCUUCAGGAGAUUAUUCAGAAUCGCGUCCGUUCAAGGUCUUCAUCUCGUUGUUGGACAAAUGGGAGAUCGGUUCUCCCCUCACUGAGGCUCUCGUGUAUGAUAUCUUCAAAGCUAUACGUAAACUCAUUGACUCGGGUUCCGAUAGCUAUGACGAUAUGCUGAUGACGGCUAGCACACUUUAUGAGGCUAUCGAACCUGAUAUUAUUUGGAAACAACUACUGAAUUCGGCUAUGGAAGACAUAACCGGGGACGGCACGCACUUCGAGGCCAUUGACAUGAUACUCUUCAUUCUUAGAACCUUCCCUGUGCACGAUGAAGACAUUCAGGGUUUACAUUUACCAGUUGUAUUCGGUGCUGUGAUGGAUGUUUUGAAUCAACACGUCCGAAGUGACAUUUCCAGGGCUGCUUCUACCUCAGUUCGAGAGGGCUUGAUUCUACAAGAAGAAAUAUUGGGGCACCUCAUUCCUGCAGCACUCUAUCAACACACAGAAUUGAAUGAAAAGCUUGAAGGCUUUGCUUCCACUGCAAGCCCUUUAUCAUUUGCUCGUCAUUUCUACGGCAUUACGUCAGGCGAGAAGAUGGAGACAGUUGCUACGCGCGCACCGUUAAUUCCUGUACUCGAAGCUAUAAUAGGUUUGAGUCAGAGUUGUGCACAGUGCCUUCUGAAAAAUCGCGACAAUCUUCUGCUCGUACGAGGGGCCUUGUGCCAAUCUUUAUCAUUGUUACUUAGGAUGAUCGAGCAAUUUGGUGCAAACCAAGAUCCAGUCACCAUAGUUUCAUGGGAACCUUCAGAGUGGCUUAAUUUGAUUCUCCAGACGAUUGAUCUUGAGGUUGCAGACUUUACACUAGUCGAUCGUGCCAUCUCCGUGGUUAUAGCACUGCAUCAGCUUAAAUGGUUGCAACCUACUGUAAAUAUAGAGGAACGCCGAAUCAUAACAAAAAUGGUCAAAAAGCUCUUCAAUUAUCUUCAUCAGGACUGGUUCAUCUACCAUGUCCGUGCCGUGAACUUGAUUUGGUCUCUCGAAGCUGCAACUCCCCAAUCACAUGUGGAGUCGAUCAUUGCGCAGAGCAUGAGUUCUCCAGAGUCGCGGAAUGUAUACGAAGCCUAUGAAGCAUUUGGAGUUCUUUGGCGGCUUACUGAUGAUACUUUCUUUCCGGGCUUCAAGUUCAAAGUUCCAUUGAUGAUCGUUCUGGAUACUUUGAAACAUGACGACCCUAUACUUCGUCGCGUCGGCGAAACGUGGAUGCGGUGUAGUCUAAAGUCAUAUAUCCGCGUUUUGGACCCAAUAAUGUACGAUCUUUUGGACCCUACUAUUCGCCGCUCGGCGAUGGUAGCCAAGGUACACGGGAGGGAAAUACAAAGUUUUGUAUAUGAUCGUUCCUUCGACCAACGCUACGUGAAUCAUCUCCUCGAGAUUUUACUCUCCAUCAUCCGCUUCGGAGGUCAAGGCUUCGCGAAGGCUGCUCGUGGUACUACUGUUAAGCGCUCGCAGCAUCCUGCUUUACUCCAGAGGCUAGAAGCAGCUAGCAUCGACUUAGAUGCCACGUAUCUUGAUGCUUUGGUUGAGAUUCUAUUGAGGUUUUUGCAAUCGGAACCAAGAGAGUCGCGCGCACCUAUCAUGCAGUCUCUGAAUGCUGUCAUCCAGUCUACUUCAGUCGACCUGUUACAAGCCAUAGUAGCUCGCGGUGAAAUUGAAAACAUCACAGUGGAGAUUAUGGAAGCUGUCAUCAUCGGCAAACUCUAUUACAGCGUGCAUUUGGGCCGUCUUGAUUUGCAAAACAAACUUCUGCACAUACUGCAUUCGCUAAUAUCUGUUUCGACAACAAUUUUCUUAUCCCAUCCUGUUACGAGGGUGGAUCUAUCCAAACAAGGCGAUGGCAAUUCUGAAGGUCAUAGCACGCAAGAUGAAUCUCAGGAGCUUGGAAGGAAGACAUAUGCGGUCAAUCCCUUACUAGUCCAAACACUCAUUGAUGGGAUCGGCAUACCUCAAAAUCGAGCAGUCCUACAACAUUGGCUGGAUUUUGUUCUUAUGGCGAUUCCCCAAUUCCAGCCCGCCCUGCAGUCUAUAGUGUCUCCUAUGAAUGACUGCCUGUGUCGUCAGCUUCGCCUGGCUCUGUCAGAUGUUCUACGGGUAUCUUCCACAGAUGCCAAAGAGGAGGAUAUACACAUAGUAACAGAUGCAGAAUUCAUCAUGUUGCUCAACGCGCUCGAACGUUUAGUUCUCCUUGGCCUUGCAUACACGCCGGAUGCAUCUCAGCAAGAAGACGAUGUUGUUGUCCAAGAGAAACCCACAAAUGAAACUAGUGGCAUUCUCGGUUAUGUUUCUAAUGUCUUCACAACUGAAAAUGUCCCAGCCGUUUCGGACGAACAAUUCACGGCUCGGUCGCCUGGCUACAAAUCUCUUCACGAAGGGAUCAAGAUACUGUAUUCCAUAUGGACAAAUUUGUCAUGGACAAAAACUAAAGCGACCUCUCCCAAAGAUGAUUCACUUUCUCUCGUCUAUAACCGAACUCGGGGCCGAUGUCGUAGAGUGCUGGAGCACCUUUUUCGCGUUCAUUCCGCAGAGGUACUAGAAUCCAUCAUUGACUGCUGGGAUCGCGAAGUAGCAGCCUCCGGGUCAUCCAAUAGCUCUGUCUUUGAAUUAGUGGACCUGCUGAUCGCCAAUGUGCAAGUUACUGUCCACAUGAUUUGUGACAGCAUUCUAUGUCGCGUGCCAAAUGCCUUGGAUAAAACUAGAAAGCAGGUUAUUAAUCCCAACCUCUCUGAUGUGGCCCUUUUCACUUUUCUCGAACAAUACUUCCAGCGGCUAGAAGGCCCUCUAGCUAUCCAGGUUUGGGCAAGGUUUUUGCAGCUUACAAAAGAGUUAGCAAGUUCUACUCGCGAAUUCAAAGUACAGAAUUUUUUGGUAAUGAAAUCCCUUUGCAUAUUGGCAGAGAAGGUCACUCAAACGGCAGCAGUGGAGGACAAGCGGCUAAGGAAGGAUCUGCAGGCAAGCCAAUUACAAAUUUCCACUCGAGAAACACUGACGAAGCUGCUGGAUUCAUGUAUAAUGUUUGUGGGACGGACAUUUGACCAACCAACCUGGAUUCGACGAAGUGCAAAGGAUGCUCUUUCCAUCAAUGGUAGAGACAGUCCAGUGCCGCGCAUUGCGGGAGAACCCCGAAUAGACGAGAAGAUAAAUGCAAGUUCAGUCUCUCUACAAGAGUCCCCACGGCCUUCUUGGGGUGCAGAACUCCCAUCACAGAUCAGUCAAUUUGUUGCUGUCGUAGCCCUACCUAAUCUUCGGAAGUUUAUGAUGGAUAACGACAAAGUUGCAAGCGUCUGCAACAAUAUUAUCUACUACAUUGUGAACCCUUCACUAAAGGCCAAAUCAAAACCCAUGGAUGUAGAUAAUAUUAUACCUGAUAUCAUUAGAGAAAUGUCCCGCAUUCCUGCCGCUCUCAAGGUCUGGCGUGGUCCGGUUCUCGAGCUCUUGAACGAUAAUCGCGUCUUCAACUCCAGCUGUGAUACUGCUUUGAAGUGGAAGCCCAUUAUCAAGGCUCUAUACGACUCGGAUAAGACUGCGUUCACCGAACUGCUAGGGAAAAUUGCGACAGCUCCGUCUACAAAUAUAUUCACGAAUCGAGAAUAUGAAAUGUUACUGCGAUCAAUGAAUCUACGGCGACUAUCCUUCAUCUUAUUUAGCGGAGAGAAGAACCAUUUCCUAACACAGCUGCCGAACGUGCAGGAGAAACUAGUUGAUAUUCUUCGUAACGUUAACUCACCCGUGGUACAGAGCGAAGUGUAUCUCUGCAUUCGUGUCCUACUUUGUCGCCUUUCACCACAUAAUUUGACCAGUUUUUGGCCUGUUGUUCUCACUGAGCUUUAUCGUGUGUUCGAGCAAAUUAUAACGACAGCGCCUUCCGACGGCUCCGAAGACUUGCAGUUGAUAUUGUCCGCUUCUAAAUGCUUGGACUUAUUGCUUGUCCUCCAGACAGAGGAAUUCCAAAUACAUCAAUGGAUAUUCAUCACGGACACUGUUGACGCUGUAUAUCACCAUGAUGAUUGGCGUCCCGAGGCAAUGAUGGACCAACUAGCAGAUAUCGUUGGUAGUAUCCCCAUACCAGAGGAUGGAGUGGCGUUGAAAUCACAAGACAGUACCAAAUCCUUUGCAUACACAACACAUAUGGAUUCUCGAUCCAUGCGACGUCCAUUAUUGAACUCCUUACGACAAAUAGAUAGCAUACGGGACCUUACUCCCUUCUUUUCGCAUGUUAGUAUCGCCUCUUAUGAGAGCGUCUAUGCCUGCGGUGGAAACAUUGACUGGGAGGCCGUGGAGCGAGGUGUCCUGGAAGAUAUGUUCGAUGGACGGUGA